AAGAAGAAGGAGAAGGAGACGCAGGUCAGCUGACAGAGGAAGCUAAGACAGUAACCUCCGUCAGACUGAGACACCGAGACAAGACAGAAGACAGGAGGAAGCUAACACAGUUAUCAAUAAACCUCCGUCAGACCGAGACACCGACAGAAGACAGGAGACAUGUCCUUCAUCACCGCCAACUGGAACCCGCUGGGAGACGCUUUUUACCGUAAGACAGAGCUGUACGACAUGUGCUGGAACCUCAGAGACUCAGGACUCAGAGACAGUCUUGUUGCUGCAGCUCAUUAUGGAGGACCAAUAGCUCUACUCAGAGAACCUCAGAGACGUUCUCCCAGUUCUCGACCUCAGUUGGAAAUUUACUUGGCGUCUGGAAUUUCUAUCACCAGUUUUCCUUGGAAGAGUGGACCUGUUGUCCAUAUUGGUUGGACAGUCACUGAUGAGUUGUUGUGUGUCCAAGAAGAUGGCUCAGUUCUGAUCUACAACUUGUUUGGAUCCUUUAAGAGACACUUUAGCAUGGGACAGGAAGUGGUCCAGAGUCAGGUAUUAGAGGCAAAAGUCUUCCACUCUCCAUAUGGAACAGGUGUUGCCAUAGUAACAGGCUCCUCCCGCUUCACCUUGGCGACCAACAUUGACGAUCUGAAGCUGCGCAGGUUACCUGAAGUCCCGGGUCUGCAUGGUAAACCGUCCUCCUGGCUCGUCCUCACUCAGGACAGACAAACCAAAGUUAUUCUGUCCAACGGACCAGAAAUGUUUGUCCUAGACAACACGUCCUGCACCCCUGUGUGUCCUCCAGGUCUCAGUCCUCAGUAUGGCAGCGUCGUCCACAUGUGUGUGUCUUUCAGUUACAAAUACCUGUCUCUCUUCACUGACACUGGACACCUGUGGACAGGCUCUUCCAAUCUGCAGGACAAACUCAGUAUAGUGGACACGAAGAAGAAGACAACACCCAAUCAAAUGGUUUGGUGUUGCAGACCCCAGAGCCAGCAGCUGUCUGUGGUGCUUAUGUGGGACAGACUCCUCCUGGUGGCAGGAAUCUGUGGUGACACCAUCCAGUUUCCAGUGGAUGACCCGUGUGUUCUGGUUGGAGAACUGGAUGGAGUCCGGAUCAUCAACUCCACCAACCAGGACCUUCUUCAGGAGGUUCCUCUGGUCUGUCAGGACAUCUUUAAGAUCGCGUCCAUGGCUCCUGGAGCUCUGUUGCUGGAGGCUCACCGCGAGUAUGAGAAGUCCAGUCAGAAGGCAGACGAGUAUCUGCGGGAGAUCAAGGAGCAAAGCAUGCUGGGAGAAGCAGUGAGACAGUGUGUGGAGGCAGCAGCUCAUGAGUAUGACGCCAACACCCAGAAGUCUCUGCUGCGGGCGGCGUCCUUUGGAAAGUGUUUCCUGGUGGACUUCAGUCCAGAUCAGUUUGUGACCAUGUGCAGAGAACUGCGAGUCCUCAACACGGUCAGAGAUGGCGCUGUGGGUCUGCCACUCACACACACACAGUUUAAACAGUUGACUCUGCAGGUUCUGAUAGACAGGCUGGUCUACAGACAGUUUUAUCCAUUAGCCAUAGAAAUCUGUCGUUACCUGAAGAUUCCUGAUUACCAGGGCGUCAGUCGAGUCCUCAAACACUGGGCCUCAUGUAAGGUGCAGCAGAAGGACCUAUCAGACGAGGCCAUAGCUCGAGCAGUGUGUGUGAAGGUGGGAGACGCUCCUGGAGUGUCUUACUCUGACAUCGCAGCUAAAGCCUACGAGUGUGGACGCACUGAGCUGGCCAUCAAGCUGCUGGACUUUGAGGCUCGCUCUGGAGAACAGGUUCCUCUGCUGCUGAAGAUGAAGAGAAGUCAGUUAGCUCUGAGUAAAGCUGUGGAGAGUGGAGACACUGACCUGGUUUACACAGUGGUCACCUACCUGAAGAACGAGCUGAAUCGAGGAGACUUUUUCAUGAUGCUGAGGAACCAGCCGGUCGCUCAGAGUCUCUACAGACAGUUCUGUAAACUACAGGAACAGGAAACUCUGAAGGAUCUUUAUAACCAGGACGAUGAUCAUCAGGAGCUUGCUAACUAUUACAUCACUGCUAGUUACAGAGAGAAGAGACUGGAGACACGUCUGUCUGUCUUACAGAAAGCUGUCGACGAGUUCAACAAAGCAAAGAAUGAAUUUGCUGCAAAGGCCACAGAGGAAGAGAUGCGUCUCCUUCGUUUUCAGCGGAAACUGGAUGAUGAAAAGGGGGCGGGACUACUGGGACUGUCUCUUCAGGAAACCAUGGAGGUUCUGCUGUCGUUAGGACUUCAUAAACACACGGAGCAGCUUUACCGAGACUUUAGACUUCCUGACAAGAGAUAUUGGUGGUUGAAGCUCAAGUCUAUGGCAGAGAAACACGAGUGGGAGGAGUUAGAGAAAUUCUCUAAGAGUAAAAAGUCUCCUAUUGGUUACCUGGCUUUUGUUGACGUGUGUAUGAAGAGUAACAACAAGUCUGAAGCCAGGAAAUACGUUUCCAAGGUAACACCUGAGCAGAAAGUCCGAGCUCACAUGGUCAUCGGUGACCUGGAAGGAGCCGCUGACGCCGCCAUCGAGCGCAGGAACGACUCGGAGAUGGGGGCGGUGCUGUCCAGAUGCUCCACCGCUGAUUGUCUGCUGAUUGACAGGCUGAACAGAGCCAGAGUCUCUGCCUCCAAGAAGUGACUGACACUGCAGUGGUUUCCAUGGCAACACACUACACUGCAUGUGCUUUAAUGUCUCAAUAAACAUGAUUGAUUAGAUAUUGACCCCAGCUGAUGAGGUCACGGUGAGGUCACUAUGGGGUCAUGACAGGGGUCAUUGUGGGGGGGGUCACAGCUGGUGUUUUCUGUUGCUCCUUCACAUUAAAAGCUUCGUUCUGAAAAGUAA